UAAAAUACUCAUUCCAACGAGAGUCACAUGCCCUUAAGCCAUAAUCGCUGGCAGAGACGACAUGUACAGCGGUUGUUGGAGAGAGACAGCGUGUUGUUCCUUAGAAGGGAGUGUCCUCUCCGGGAGGACGAUCACUACUUUCUGUGUAUAUUUAUUUUGCUUGGAUCACUCAUCGAGAUCCUGACCGGAGCUCAUACGCAGCAGGAGCAGCAGAGUGUGCCUCAGGUGCCGGACAAGCAUGGAGACCCUGAUGGAAUGGUUUUUCACCACUCUCGGUGCUCUGGUCGUCAUCUACUACGGAGUCAAGCUGCUGCUUUUCACAAGGAUGCUUUUUCCCAAAAGGUGCUUUCCAGUGCCAAAGUCUUUCUUUUCGUCCAUGGGCGAGUGGGCAGUGGUGACCGGAGCGUCAGAGGGCAUCGGGAGACAAUACGCCUUGGCGCUGGCUGAACAAGGGAUGAAUGUGGUUAUCAUGAGCAGAACCAGAGAGACUUUGGACAAGGUGGCCCAGGAAAUAAGCGAAAGUACCGGCCGGAUGGUAAAAGUCAUCGUGGCAGACUUCAUCCAGGACAACAUCUUCAGCGACAUUGAGGAGCAGCUUAAGUACCUGGACAUUGGCGUAUUAGUUAACAAUGUGGGCAUGCUGCCCAGCGUGGUCCCUCGCAGAUUCCUCGAAGAAGAAGACCUGGACCAGAUAAUCACGAGUGUGAUCAACUGCAACGUGAAAACCAUGGUGAAGAUGUGCAAAAUAAUCCUUCCAGGCAUGGAAAACAGGAGAAAAGGUGUGAUUGUAAACAUCGCAUCGGGGAUUGCUUCCAUUCCGUUCCCUCUCUACUCGCUGUACGCUGCGUCCAAAAUAUUUGUGGAGAGAUUUUCUCAAGGUCUUCACGGGGAAUACAAGGAUAAAGGUGUUAUUAUACAGGCAGUGACACCCUUCGGGGUCUCCACUCGAAUGGUGGGCUACCAGCAGACAAACAUGGUCAUGUUGUCCCCUCAAGACUUUGUCAAGAGUUCCAUGCAGUACAUCACGGCCGGGGACAAAACUUAUGGCACCGUCCGUCACAUGUUGCUGGGCUGGUUACUAAACUCCAUCCCGCUCAAGAUUUUCUACUCCGAGUCCAUGCUGCACGGUCUUCAGGAGUACGUGGAGAGAAAACAGGCAGAAAAGAAACGCUCCAGCUCUGUUUUAAGCGAAGCUUGAAGAAAAAAAAAAGAGGAGGUUGGAAUAACAGUGCCGAGUUGUUUGUGCUCCAUCGUACACAGUAACGGAAAAAUCUCCAAAGUCAGAGGCAGAGCAUUAAGUGAAAACGUGUUUUCCCUUUGAAAAUCAUAUAAAGUUAAUGUGACUUUUGUGUGGGCCCAUCGGACAUUUCAAACACAUCAUUAUUGAAAAAAAUGUGCAUGCGUACAUGCGCUAAAGACUCCAUAACAAUAACAACCCAGGCUAAACCCGCAUACAGAGCACGUCUCUCUUUUAUGAUAUGUAUCAUCACUUCAACAUACUUCUUCGACACUUUUGAUAUAGACAGGGCGUAGGCCUUGUGACAUCCUGUGGUAAUAUUUCAGAAAAGACCCCCCCCCCCCAAAAAAAAAAAAAGGGAAAUAAGAUGAUGAAUUUGAACAGUGUUAGAAUAGAGCUCGUGCACGUGACGUCACCAUUUUCACAGCGCCAUAUUGCGGGUCAAACAGAGCCGCUCGACAGUGUUGGGGACAUCGAACCGGAGGAGAAAAUUCACAAUACCCGAGACUUGUCGUGCUGUUGGUUGUUACAACAGACGAGACAGAUAUUCAAAGAGGUCAUUCUAAGGAAGACCAGCUGAAAAGACCAGAAAAUAUCGACGGAUUCUGGCAAUUAAACGUGAUGGAUGGUGCCCAACCAAGAUACGCACACGCCUGUGUAGCGAUCGCGUCAUUUCAGGUAGGAAUUAUUCUUCUCAGCCUCAAAUUACCAAGAAGUAUUUAUAUUGGCAAGUUGGCUCAUUUGAGAACAAUGCGUUUAAAAUAAACAGAAACGACAGGUAGUCAUCUCCAGCGUAAACGGAAGCGUGUUUCAGCCACAUGUUAAACUUCGGUAAAACUCUACCUGACAGAUUUUAUUAUUUUUUUUUUUAAAUAUGCAUUGUUCUCAUAUGAGUCCAAUGCAUAUUCAAAAAAAAGAAAAUAAACCGUCGGUCACAGUGAUGUUUACAUAGGUUAACGUUUGGCCGCAACACACUACCCUUGUAUGGGGGCUUAAGUCUAUCCCAGCGGUUUAUUUCAUUUUUUAAAUACGCAUUGGACUCAUUUGAGAACAAUGCAUAUUUAAAUAAAAAACGUCUGUCACGGAGAGGUUAACCAAAGAUUAAUGUGUGGCUGCAACACGCGUCGUGUACGGAGGAGCCGACUCGCUGUCUCUCCCCCCCCCUCCCCCCAAA